CUGGCAGCAGUUGCUGUGUGCUCGUGUACGCGUACGUUUGUGUUAGCGAGUACGGAGCAACAGCAGAGGCUCACCGAGGCUCCGCCACCGUCGCCGCCGCAGCCACCGCCAACGCCGCUGCCGUCGUUGUACGUGUGCCGUACGUGUACAUGUUGCGCAUGUAUACGUGCAUCUGGCGUACCCGACGACUCUCGGGGACGACGCCGAGGUCCGGCUCGUAGGUGGCGAUUGCAACUACGACAACACCGCGGCCGAUGUGCAAGACUCCUGUAAAGAUUGUCGGCUAGACAUUGCUGAUCCUCAUGGAAGGCAGCUCAGAGGAACUUUUGGUCAAAGACCCCUCGCACGAUGAUACAGACUCCAUGCGCAAAGAUCGAAUUCCAAAUGGAAUGAAUGGUGGCUAUGAUGUUGGAAAUGAUGAUGGUAUAUCAUCCAGUGGUAGGCAUCUGGACAAAGUAGAGCACUUAGAUAAGUGCGACAGCAGUGGAAACGUGUUAGACGAAGAAGAAGACGACGACGAGGACGAGGAGGACGAGGAGGAGGAAGAUAUGGAAAUCGAUUCAAAGGACGUCGAGAGCAACGAGGCCAAUUCGAAGUCUCUUACAGAUUUGGCCAACAGCUACUCGGCCCUUGCCGGUAUUCCAACAGACCACACAAGUGUCAACAAAGAUGUGAAUAGUGCAGUGUCUGAUAAAAACGAAAAAUUGUGCGACAAGGACAGUUCCCUAUACGAGUCGAUGGACGUUGACGCGCGCAGCAACGCCUCCGACAUCGAGUGUCUCGGCGACGAUUCCGGUACCGUUGCAGCAAAUGAUUACGACUCGGAGAACGACGAGGAGGACGACGAGGAUGAGAUGCUCAGCGACUCGAAGCUGGCCGGUUCCAGCCAGGGACAUGUCAAAAACCCAUCAGCCAGCAGCGACGACGUCCAGCACCUCGACCAGAGUGCGGAGAUUAUCGACAGCAGCCUUGACACCUCGGACGUGAAAAUCUGCGAGGAGAAUGGCAGUCUCGGCAGUCCAGACAUUGAAGAAAUCACGGACGGGGGUAAGAGCAACGGCCACAACAGCAGCUCGGACUCAUUUAAAGAAACCCCUAAAAAGAAAAAUAAAAAAGCCGUAGAUCUCAGUAACAUAACGCCGCGUAGAAGCUCUCGAAACAUCAAUCGAAAGAGCUACAUGGAACGAGAAUUGGAAGAAGAUAGCGCAAUGGUUGUUGACAAUAAUUCAGACAUCGAGGAGAUUAAACCAGAAGAUCCUCUGGCUGAAGUUGACAGUAAAGACAAAGAAAAUUCAAAGCUCAAGUCACCCAUAAAAAAUAUUAGCACUAGCAACAAUAAAACGACUAUUGUUGUCAAUGACACGAAGCGUCUAGUGGAAAUUGCAGCCGGUAGCAAGAACAUAAAAGGCGGUAAAAAGGAACCUACUCUCGUUAUAAUAGAUACGAAUUCAAUCCUCUCAGGCAAGGGAGGCGUACCUGUAACCAGUCCCAAGUCCUCCCAGCACCAGUCCUCUCAUCUUCAUCACGCUGUCUCAAGUUCGAGUUCAUUCUCGGUUAUGCCGAUAGGUAUGGGCCCACAACAGAUUUAUGCCAACACCCGAACGACGAUCACGCCUGUACCGAUGAAAACUCCUCAAAUAAGCAGUCCCAAAUCCACGACAAUCACCCCUGUUAUAAAUCCGCAUCAUCAACAGCAUCAGCAUCAGCAUCCAUCAGCACCAACAACAGCAACAACAGCAACAGCAGCAGCAUCAGCAGCAUCAGCAGCAACAACAGUUACCCAGAUAUUGCCAACGUUAACAGAUGAUAUGUUUGUCGUGGAAGCCCCAUCUUUUAUUGUACCUUAUGUAUACGAAAAACCACCUCUAAAGCCACUCAAAGAUUUUGUUGGUAAAUUAGAAAAAAGUAUUGAAGAAUACGAGAAAGAAGAAAAAUUAAGAAAGCAAGCGGAAAAAGAAAAAAACAAGAUGGAUGAUGAUAAAGAGGAUGACGAGGAUAAAGAUAGCGACUACGAGGAUAAGAAGGACGAUGAAAGUGUAGAAUUGUCGGAAAAGAUAAGCAACCUCGAAGACAAGACCGAGUUCAUUAUGCAGGAAGACAAAAAUAAGAUUCCAAGUUACUUCGAUUUACCUCUCGGUAAAUUUUUUAUGUCUAUUGGUAUCGGUCUUGUACAGGAAUACGUGCAAACCGACCUUUUACGCACGCAAAAACGUAAACAAGGAAAAGGUAGCACAUCCGCGGAGACCCAAAUGGCGAUAAACUCCCUUAUCAAGAAUCUCGAGUUCAGUAAAGAGAAUAAUGAGCCCUUCCACCUCGAGCUGAAGAAGUGCGAAUUCUGUAGUUUCAAGACUGAAUCUGCUUUGGCAAUGCAACAUCAUCUCGAGACGCCCCAUAUGCGCAACUACGUAUAUAAGUGUAAUUUCUGCCCAGUGGAAGUACGCAGUCCUCACGAUAUUCUUUUUCACAUGGAGGCGGAGCACAACACAAGGGGCAGACUCGAGCGUGGUCCGGCUUUUCAUCAGUGCCCCAAUUGUCCUUUCGAAGAUAAUCAAAAGGGCAAGCUUACGAGACACAUUCUUGCAUGCACAAAGAAGUUCAGACCCGAGAGGAAUCUGGAGCCAUCGAUGGAUUGGGAGCCGCCCGCUAAGAUACCGAGGCUUAAUCGACCGAGGAACAUGGGUGGACCGCAACUAUCUGCGAAUGCCCUCGCUAUGGCUAUGGGUGCCAAGGGACCUCAACCACUUCUGCCAAAACUUCUACCGGCACCGAUUACUGGUAGAGGAAGGGGUAGACCACCCAUGCAACCGAGAUACACAGACAUGAAGACAAUGAGACCUGGUGGAUCACCUGGUGGUAUACGACAAGACAAUGUGUCAAGUAUGAUGUAUCGACCAACCUCUUCAGGAUUAUUGGUCCCCACUUCGUACCAGUUUGGUAGUAACCAAAUAUUCCAGAACACAUCGGUUACCAAUGCUGUGAAAAAUCCUACAGCUAAAUUAUUAAGUCAACCAAGUAUAUCAAUAACUCCUUUGCCUCGUACGACACCACAACCUUCUGUUCCAGGCUCAGGUAACCAAACAAAACCUGGAGGGAAGAGUACAUUUGUUAUAUGUGAAAUAUGCGAUGGUUAUAUUAAGGAUUUGGAACAAUUACGAAACCAUAUGCAAUGGAUUCAUAAAGUUAAAAUACAUCCAAAGAUGAUUUACAAUAGACCUCCUUUGAAUUGUCAGAAGUGUCAAUUCCGAUUCUUUACAGAUCAGGGAUUGGAAAGACAUUUACUUGGGUCGCAUGGACUUGUUACAUCUAGUAUGCAGGAAGCUGCAAAUAAAGGCAAAGAUUCGGGUCGUUGUCCAGCUUGUGGAAGAGUCUACCAAUGGAAGCUGCUGAAUCACGUAGCUCGUGACCAUGGCAUGACUUUAAAGCCUGCCCACCUGUCGUACAAAUGUACAGUUUGUACUGCCACAUUCGGAAUGUACAAACAGUUCGAAAAUCAUGUUUACUCAGCACAUAGCGUUGUUGCGAAACGUGUUAUGGAUAAAAAGAGUAGCGCUCCUUCGUCGCCGUCCUCAAGGUCCAACGACUCGCUUUUGAAACCUCUCAAAAUUAACGAUGAGAUCACUAUUAUUCCACAACCGGCAAAACCAACCACCAGGUCUGGGGGACCUCAGGGCAGAACCAAAUAGCAAUGAUGAACUUUAGGAGAAAAGCACGACGACAUAGAGUGAUUUAACUAAACUCUCUUUAUCAACCACUCAUUAAAAAGCUCUCACACGUGAAAACUUUUGUGGUAUACGUACCCUAUAACGAUCUCUGUAUAGCUUCGCGCAGCGAUCAACAUGUGUACAUGUGUAAUGCAAAUAUUGCUUAAAAUAACGAGAUAAAAGGAAAAAAAAAUUAUGAAAAUAUACAAUGAUAUACAAUAUUA